AUGGAAGAUGAUGGAAAAGUUAGUAUUUCAACAAAUAGAAGAUUGAUUAGAACAUUUUCAUCUAAAAUAAUAAAAAGUAAUUAAGAAUAAUAAUAAUAAUAAUAAUAAUCUUUUCAUAAUUCAGCUUAAUAAUUCUUUCAUCCUCCAUUUAAAAUACCAACUCCUUUACAUUAAAUUACUUUAAAAAAAUAAAUUAAAUCAAUUAUUGUUAAAAUUCCAGAAAAAACUAUUCCAAAAAGAUAAACUGCCACUAGUGAAUUAAUUAGAAAAAAAAUAUUAAAUGCAUAAAGAAAAACUUCUAUUUUAAAUAAAUACAUUCCUACUAAAAUAUCUAUUGAACCUAAAUUAUCAUAUUAAAAGUAAUUUAUUAUUUAUAUUAUUACUUUUUUAGAUUAUUCUAAUCAUCUAAUUAAUAUUUUAAUAAAAACAAUCAUAAUAAAUAUAUUCAUAAUAAUCAUAACAAUAAUAAUAAUAAUAAUAAUAAUACAAAUAAUAAUUCAAUUACUUUUGAUUCACAUUAUUUUUGA